CGGAGGGCGCAACGCCGGACCUGCCAAGGUGGAGGUGCCGCUCAAGGUGUCCCUGGAGGACCUUUACCUCGGCGUCACCAAGAAGCUGCGCAUCACGCGGCAGAUGGUGGACGGUGCCAGCGGCAAGAUGGUGCCGGUGCAGGAGGAGAUCCAGAUCGACGUGAAGCCGGGAUGGAAGGAGGGAACCAAGAUUACCUUCCAAGGCAAGGGCGACGAGCACCCGGACCGGCCCGCAGACGACCUCGUCUUCAUCCUCCGGGAGCAGCCGCACCCCUCAUUCACACGAGACGGCAACGACCUCGUCACGACGGUCAAACUUCCCCUCGUCACCGCGCUCACUGGCGGUUCCGUGAGCGUUACGACGCUGGACGGCCGGCGGCUGCCACUCAACCUGGAUCGCAUAGUGACCCCUGGGUCGGAGCGGGUGGUAGCGGGCAAGGGCAUGCCCAUUAACAAGGGGCCGCAGGCAGGGCAGAAGGGCAACCUCCGGAUUAAGUUCGAUGUGGUGUUCCCUACCAGUCUCACGCAGGCGCAGAAGGACCGCAUUCGGCCUGUGCUGGCAGGCGUGUAAAGCAGUAAAGGGCGGCUUUGAGGU